AUGUCACAAUGUGCUGGCUAUCCUGGAUUGUUUUCAGUGCUUUUGAAUUAUGCAAUUGAAAACACAAAUAAAUCAGCAACCAUACAAGAAUGGAAUUCAAGGAUGGUCUUAGGCUGUGGCUAUGCUGCUCUACUUAUUAGCACAUCUACUUAUCGUCGAAUAGUGAAAGAUUUGGAAGAUAUAGACAAUACUGAUAUAAUAAAACUUAUGUGUCAACUAUUGGGUAAAGACAAUUAUACCAUUGCAUACUCAGGAUCUGAUUGUGAAGACUGGACAUUAUCACUUG